CCUCAAUCCAUUGGUCACGUGGGAGUCAGGGCAAUUGAUCGUCGAGCUCUCAGCAGGUCCCUCACGAUCAGAGUAAUUCUGCAAUGGCUGCUCCAAAACGCAAGCGGGAUGAUGACGCUUCCAGAAGGGAGGAUCGUCUUCCUCAUAUUCAGGCCAUAACGAGCGUCUGCAAGCAAAUCCGCGAAGAGGUCGGACAAGAUGCCAAACGCCGUCGGACUCCCACAACGGUGGACAAGCCUAUCACGGAGCAUCCUUCUCUAUCUAUACGAACGUCUGUGCAGUUCAUGGAGUUGCUUCAGCUCCAAAGGGCUGCUUACAGUCACACAAUAGCAAGGAAGCAAGCAACACAGGAAGCAAAACAUAGCAUGGACCGGGUGCAUUUGGAUUUACAGAAUAUCAACUACGAAAUACGUCACUUGGAAAAAGAGAUUGCAGAGUGCGAAGAGCUUGAGACCGAAUAUCAAAAGAUCAAGCUUAUUCCUGAACCUGAGUAUUACGCAAUUGCCAUGGAGAAAGGAGUAAAUGUUGAAGACCCACAUGAGUUAAUGCUAAGUCGGCUCAAUCACGAAUUGGACGAGCGUACGAGACUGGUACAAGAGGAGAAGGAAUUGGCCAAGGAGUUGGAGGAGGUACUGGAGGAAAACCAAAAGGAAUUGAUAGAUUUGGAGAAAUUGGACAAGGAGCUGAGCGACAGUUUGAAGGCUACUCUUCCUCUGCAAACUCGCUUGGGCAUCACGAACAGUGAGAGACGAGAGGCAGCCGAGUUGGCAAAAUUGCUUCCAACUGCCCUCUAUGUGCUAUAUAAACACGCCGUAGGCUAUUCGGAGACUUUCGAAAAUAAUCUUACUGUUGAGAUCUCCGGAGACACAGAACUGGCUGCGGUCCUCAUAGGGGAACCCGCUGAGUCUGAUCGGUCUCUGCAGCCGGAAUCAGCUCAUCAACGGUCACCGUCAGAAGAAGAAAUGGAAGGGGAACAGGAGCCAAGUGGUGAACAGAAGGAGAGUGUAGGCCACCUCGACCGUUCAAAAACGUACUAUAGGCGACAUCCGUUGAGCGUAUGUCUGACUGUCACUGAAACAGACACUGCCGGGGCACCGCAGAUUGUAAAGCUUUCCUUUUCCUACCUUACCACCCUCAAGAUUGUCGUCGUUUCUUCGGAAUUCGUUCAACCCGUUGACUAUAUCCCGGCGGGGCUCAUAUGUACCAACCUGUUUCCCGGUGACGUAGGCAAUGAAUCACCCAAUCCCGCCAAUGCCUUUUUGGGGAGCGACUCAAGCCCAUUCCGCUUUGAUACAACCGCCGCAAAUGGCAACGCCUACACAUGGGCCCAGUCCAUCUGUGGCAUAGAGUUUCCGUCGCAUUUAGGAAACUAUAGGCUGUAUCUGACCAAAUUGCCAAGUCUGCUACGCAAUCGCGUAAGGUCUUUGAAAGGACUGGCCAAGCAGGUGGCCGAUGUUGCUGCAGCAAAGAAGGGGACAGUAUCAGGGUGGAAGCUGAUCGAGAUGGAUGCAUAUGGUUGCGUCUACGAGGUGACAAUCCAGAGUGCAGAUCUCCUCAGCAAGGCGGAGUUUACACUGCCCCCUGCUACCAAUGAAGCGGACAUUGGGCUGACGAUCAAGCAAGAAGGAAAGCCCGAAUAGAUCUAAUACCGUUAUUUUCCUUGGUAAUUGGGCUUUCAGAUUUCUCUUUCAAAAAAAAUUAUUCAAGAAGCUUCAUUUAUGAUGGACAUGAAAUGUAUUUGCAAAUUUAAG